AUGGAGAAAUACGAGGUACUGGAGCACCUGCAGCCCGGGGCGCUGGGGACUAUGCUGGUGGUUGAAUUGAAAACGGAGGAGAGCAGGGGGAAGAAAUAUGCCAUGAAGCAGGUUGAAUGCAUUGAAGAGAAACAAGCAAAUAAGGCCUUGAAGGAGGCAAUGGAUUUGCUGAAACUUCAUCAUUCAAGCAUCUGUGCUUACAAGGAAUUGUUUGUGAUGUGGGAUAAUAAGAUAUCAUCGCUUUUCCUUUGUCUGGUAAUGCAGCACUCGGGCCAAGGAGAUCUUUCAUCUCUGAUCAAGGAAAAAAGGCAGAACUCAGAGAAAAUAACAGACAAGGUGAUUCUGAAGUUCCUGGGACAGAUGGUGGAUGCUUUGUUUUAUAUACACAAACAAAAUAUUAUUCACAGAAAUCUCAAGCCAUCAAACAUUCUUGUGACUGAUGAAGCAUCCUUCAUGCUUUGUGAUUUCAGUACAGAAGCACUUAUGACUGAUGAAAUGAAAUGGAAAAUAAGAGUGGAAGAAAGUAGUAAAUUGUGGAUGGCUCCAGAAGCACUCUGUUUUUCUUUUAGUGAGAAAUCUGACAUCUGGUCUCUAGGUUGUAUUCUACUUGACAUGAUGACCUGCUUUGUUAUGAACACACAAGAGAGAACUUCAUUACUGCAAGGCAUUAGACAGGAUACCAGCCAUCUUGAGGGAGUUCUGACAUUAAUGCAAAACAGAGAUAAUAGCUCUCUGCCUUUAUUCACAAUUUUAUUUAUGAUGCUACAUAUUCAGCCCAGUAUGAGACCCACAGCAAAGGCUCUGACUGAUGUUCCAUUUAUUAGGGAAUGCCUGACCGUUGCUGGUUCCUCUUUAAUAAAACUGAAAAAGCCUUUGCCUAUCAAUGUAAUAGAUGUGCUCCUUGAGGGAGGAAUUGGCAGUGUUCUAGAGUUCAUGCAGGCUUACUGGGAUAGUGAAGAAGCACAGGUUAAAGCUGUAGAGCACCUUGCAAGAUUUUUAGGAGAUAAAAAUGCCUUACCCUGUCUGCUAACGAUCAUGGAACUGAUCACUUCUGCCAUGAAGACUCAUAUAGAUUCUCUCAAGUUACAGAUAGAUGGCUGCAGAUUAUUGCUUGAAAUUCUUAGUCAAGCUCUAGAACAGAAUCUGGAUGUGGAAACACGCUUGAGUGACAAUGUAAUUAGCUCUCUGUUAGAGACAGUGAGAAAACAUUCUCAAAAUGAAGAGUUACUUUCAUUGGUCUGCACACUACUGAUGAUGAUUUCAGCCAGUGAAGUUGCUGCAGAGAAUCUAAGAAAAGCUGGAGUAAUUCCGGACCUUCUGAUGAUUGUAAGGAAUUUUCUUCACAAUGAACAGAUUUGCCUCUCUUGCUGUGGAGUUCUCUGGAGCUUGGUUGUGAGCGAGAACAACCUAGACCGAGCAUUGCUGAAAAGUGCUGUCUGUGCUACCUCUGCUGUUCUUCAGGAGCACCUCCAGAAUGGAACGGUGGCUGAGACAGCUUGCUCAGCUCUGUGGGCACUGUCACUCCAAGGUUGCUUCACUGAAAAUGAAUAUGAAUCCACAACAGCGCUUCUGCUAGAUGCUCUCAGGAUAAACCUAGAAAGACCAGUGCUGGUGAAGAAUGCUUGCCAAACAUUAGCAAGUCUUCUAAGGCUAUCUGAAAUAUCAGCUUUCAGAUUUGUAACGGAUCCAAAAGGCAGUGGAAUAAAAUUGAUCAAAGACGCCUACCGCUUUCACUGUGAUGAUCCAGAAGUGGUGGAAAAUAUCUGUAUGCUGAUUAAUGAGAUGGUUCAAUAUGAUGAGAUUGUGCUGGAUAUGGUCUCCCAGAAGAUGAAAGAACUGCUGUCAGAAAUAAAAAGUCGGUUUCCAUCUAGUGUGGAGAUAAUGGUCCUUGUGGAUGCAACGCUUUUAAAACUGCAGAAGUGACAUAAAAGCUGUUUGUACAAGAACAAGACCUGUAGGCUUCCAGUUCAGGUAUAAAAGCUUGGAUCCUGCUGAAAUAUUUUAAAAAGAUUUUUCUCACCAGAAAGUGAGAUUGAUAU